UGUUACCGAACAUCCCCAGUUACCGAACAAUUAAACAAAAAAUUGCUAUAUUUUCGUUAUUUUACCGUUUUUUUCCAUGAAAACUUCACAUACAUAUGUGACCAUACUCUCUUUACGCUAAGGUAAAGUAUCUCACCAAUACAAAUACAUCUUAAGCAUGCAAAAUUGCCAGUUCAGUGUUCGGUUUGUUUGGACUCGGUCGUCCCAUGUUUUGUAGCCAAAUAUAAUUAGAAAAAGGGUCCCAGAAAAGUUGUUUGAAAGAGAAACUAUUCACGUAAGUACUUUUAUCAGUAUUUUUAAUUACAUUAGUGCAUUAGUUUAUUGUUAUUUUAAAAGUUUUAUUGAAAAAAAGUGAAAUUAUCUUGUGUUUUUUGACUGUUCGAGAAAAGGAAACCAGAGUUUACCGAGUUUCCUUACUCGAACACGUGUGUUCGGUAAUAGGAAACUGUGAUUAAUUUGUUUUAUAGCUUUUUACUACCAAAAUUCAUCGGGAAAUGAAUCCUUUAUAUUUUAGUGUAUCACAAACAGUGAAAAAAAGUAAAAAUCCUAUUUCCGAACGCGUUUUUCUUUGGUGUUCGAAAUCAGGAAACUAAGAGUUUUAAGGUAUCCUUUUUCCGAACACUAAGUUUUAAAUGUCUUUUCGUUUAACAGAUGAACAAAAAUGGCACCACAAAAGCAAAAAUAUACAGCUGCUUCGUUAGACCAAGCUUUACGAGAGAUAAGAAACAAGUCCAUGGGUAUUCGAGCAGCUAGUAGGGCAUUCGGAGUACCUAUUACAACUCUGCAUGAUAAAAUUAAAGGCAGAUCUGUGGACAAAAUGCAAAAACCCGGCCCAUCAAGCGUCUUAACUGAAGCGGAGGAGGGUAAAAUUGUGGGAUGGCUAACAAAUAUUGCCAAAUGUGGGUUUCCACAAAAACCCAAUGAACUUCUCGAUGUUGUCCAAAAAAUCAUAAGAGACGAGAAACGAAAGACUCCUUUCAAGGAUGACAGGCCAGGCAAAAAAUGGUAUUACAGUUUUUUGAGCCGACACAAGGAUUCAUUAACCUUGCGAACCCCCGAAACCAUAUCGAAAGCCAGAGCUGUUGUGAAAGAAGAGUCAAUAAGAAAAUGGUUCAGAGAACUGGAAACAUAUUUGACUGAUGAAAAUUGUCGAGACCUUUUGGAUGAUGCAACACGUAUUUUUAACGGAGAUGAAACAUCAUUCAGCCUGGCACCUAAGACAGGAAAUGUCAUUGGUCCAAGAGGAUACCGCAACUUAUUUCAAAUAAAAUGUUCCAAUGAAAAAGAAAAUAUAACAGUUCUUCUGGUUUUUAAUGCUAGUGGUGAAACAUUGCCACCAGUCGUAGUUUUCCCUUACCAAAAAGUACCAUCAAAAAUAGUUAAUAGUAUGCCAGGAGAUUGGGUCGUUGGUCGCUCAGAAACUGGGUGGAUGCGGACGGAAACAUUUUUUGAAUACGUUGCGAACGACUUUUCAAAUUGGCUAAAUCAGCAUCACAUUAAAAGGCCAGUGCUCCUUUUAGUUGACGGACACAAGUCGCAUAUAUCUAUGCACUUAAGCGAAUUCUGCUCUAACAAUCAAAUUAUUUUGUAUUCCCUCCCACCUAACACAACGCAUAUAAUGCAGCCUGCAGAUGUGGGAGCUUUUAAAGGCCUCAAGAGUGAUUACAGGAAAACUUUAAGAGAAUGGAGCGUUUUACCAGAAAAUCAUGGUAAAACAGUGACAAAAACGAAUUUUUGCCAACUGUUAAAAGUUGUUUUAGAUAAGAGUGAUCGUUCCCCAGUAAUAAAAAAUGCAUUCCGGAAGUGUGGCUUAUUUCCGUUCGACCCCGAAGCCGUUGACUAUACAAAAUGCCUUCACAAUAAUUUGGAGAGAGUGAAUGAAUCCAACAAUGAAGUCACGGACGUAACUAAAAAUGAGAUGGAGACAACAAAGAAAGUUUUGACAUUUUUUGAAAGCCAAAUUAUUGAAAAAGGGAUUGACUUUCAAAAUUUAAUGAAAACUCUAUCAGAUGCUCACAAUAACCUUCCGAGUUCUCAGGUUCCUGAACUACUUGUAAUGCAAAAUAGUCCAUCUUUGCAAACAGAAAAUUUAGACGAUAUGGUACCAUCAGCUCAAUCAACAAAUGACGAUUUAGACCUUAUUGUAACAUCACCUCAAACAACCAAUGAUGUUUGUAUCGACGAAGAUAUUUUAGAAGAAGCUUUGGAAGAAAUUUUGAACCCCCAUAGAGAAAUCUCUGACAAUUUUACAAAAACAAUCACUGCCGAAUCAGUUACCACAGCCCUUAUUACAAGCGAAACCUCUACACCAUGCAAUAGCCCAUCCUCCAGUUUUUCUAAACAUUUAACAUAUCCGGAUCCCAUAACAAAUAAGAAAGGUGUCACAUUACUCCCAGAAAAUAGAGCCCCAAUGUCGAUCUCGUCUGCUAAAUGGAAAGAGUUUUAUAAAAACAGAGAACGGAUUAAGCAGGAAAAAAGAAAGGAAAUUGAAGAACGCAAAAAGAAACGCAAGAUCCUGCAAGAUCAGAAACCAAAAAAGAAACAAAAGAAAAAAGUCAAUGUUUCAGAAAAGUCACGCAAAAAAGAAAUAUGUGAACAAUGUAACGAUGAACUGGACACUGAUGCAGAAGAUGAUGCAUUGAAAAACAUUGGAUGCGACUCAUGUAGCAGAUGGUACCAUUUGUCCUGUACGAAACUCUCUACGAAGACAUUCCAAGAAGCACAAAAUGAGGAUUUUGUUUGCGAUUUAUGCGCAAAUUAAAAUAAUGAAAUAGCCAAAGCUAUUGUUUUUACUUAUUAAUUUUUAAUCAAUGAAGUACCUUUAAUUUUGUCUACUAUUUAUUUUUUUACUAAUUAGUUAUAACCUAUAUUUAUUUAUUUUUAUACAAGUUCCUACGCAUAAAGUGUACCUGUAAGUACAAAAAGAGUGAUAUUAUCUAUUAAAUAGAUAUAUAAUAAUUAUAAAAUUUAGCUAUAAGCAUACCUAUAUAAUCAAAUUAAUUUUAAGUAUAAGAAAA